GGAGGAAGAGGAGGAGCGGAUCACGCCGCGGACUGUAGCUACGUAGGUGCCGGCGGCAGCGACUGCAGCGCAUGGCGACCCUGGGACAUCCUGCUCGGGAGACACCGGCGGCCCCCGCCCCAGGACUCCCCGUGUGCAGUGACGACACCUCCAGGGCGCCUCCCGUCGGCGGUGAAGGCGGAGCGGCUUCUAGGAAGCCAAAGAAGAAAAGCCGGAAUGAGGCCUCUGUGUCGAGUGGAGCCGGGAAGGCCUGCGAGAAGCCGGCCCCAGAGGAAUCCCUCCCAAGCCCGGAGGCCCAGGCGGAGCAGCUGGCUCGGGAACUGGCCUGGUGCGUGGAGCAGCUGGAACGGGGCCUCAAGAUGCAGAGACCCAGCCCGAAACAGAAAGAGCAGGCUAUCGGGGCGAUCCGAACCCUGCGCAGCGAAAGAACCCCUCUGCCCCGCAAGAGGCAGCUGAUGCGCUCCUUGUUUGGGGAUUACAGGGCCCAGAUGGACGCCGAGUGGCGCGAAGCCCUGCGGGCUCUCAAGACUGCAGCCCAAUCCGCCCGUGUGCAGCCUGUAGGUGAGGCCGCCAGAAAGAAGAGCCGAAGGGUCUGCAGGCCCCGCCUCGAAAGGGGAGCCAAGGCCACCCUGGACGUUCCAGAGGAAGAGUUUAGGUUCAAUUUCUUUUAGCCUCUCCUCCCAUCCUGCAGCUGCCCCCUCCCCAGGGUGUAGGGCUUGCCUGGAGCUCACUCAGUUGGAGGGAUGUGGGGCUGGUCUGUAACCUGGUGCCUGGCUGCUGGUCAGAUGUGAGGCCAGCAUAUUGAAUCCUGUCUGACAAGCACAAGGCCCCGUUUGUAGGUUUUCAGAUGAAUGGUCCCUGCUGCUAGAAGAGGGAGGUCUACCUAAAAAGGCUUCUGCAGUAAACUGGUGUCAGCAUGUUGCAGGAACAUCUUGCUCAGUUUUCAGGGUUAGAUUAUGUGGCUGAGGGUGAGAGGGAAGCUGCAUAAUUGCACAUUGGUGCUCACUUCGGAAAGGCAUGCUGUUACACUGGAUGGUGCUUAGGUAAAGAAAAAGAUAGUAAAAAUAAAAACAAAACAAUAAAAAUGGA